UAUUGACAUUUGGGGAACUUCGUAAUUUGUUGUGGACGCUAUGUCUGAGACUGUAACUGCUUCGCGAAAGUCGUGAAAAAUAUAAAAUUGUCUACAAACUAGUCGUCCGAGUCGAAGGUGAGGGUACAGCAUGUUUUCUCACUUCGACUUUUUGCACCAGUUCAGCAAUGCAGCCAAAAAGAACAGGCUAAACGUCGAACUUUGUGCGUACCUUCGCUGUAGAGUUGCUUUGGUGAAAAUCAGCGGAGUAGGGGUAAUACGCUGGCUUUUCUUCGCUGCAUGAAAUUGUACCUUUAGAUCCAUGAGCAAAUCGAAAACGCGAAUAGUUGAGUGGUUGUUUUGUGAUCUGUCGAAUUUGCGCUUCGAGUAUUGGAACAUGUCAUCCCUCAAUUCGGCCGUAAAAGUUCCUACGAAUGUAGAAUCUGUGAAUAGAAUGCAAUUUCCUGAAAUAAUUGAUGGUAAAAUAAAUACUGGAGAGUUUCUGCAAGCCGCACGUGAUGUCGUUGAGACAAUUCAUAAAUUAGGUAAAUUGUUUGCUCCUGUACGAUACGAUAUGCAAGGCAAUAUCGAUAAACUCACAACCAAAUAUUCUAUGGAUAAAGAAAGCAAUUCAAAUUUACAAGACAUGAUUUUGCGUGAAAAAUCUACUGAGAAAGAUCUUGUUGCACUUGAUGCUUUAAUGUGGUUAAGAAGAGCCUUACAUAUGAUUUUGUUGUUUUUUGAAAAAAUUGUGGAAGACCAUAAAGCAGGAAAAGCAACAGAAGAUUUAGUUGCUUUUCUAAAAGAGGCGUAUCAUGAAACCUUAGAACCUUAUCACGGUUGGAUGGCGCAACAAUUAUUUAGUUUCUUAUCACGUAUGGCACCAACUCGGUCGCAAGUCUUAUUAGCAUUAGCAGAUGGAGAGACAGGAAAAGAGGAAAUUACUUUACAGAAUGUAGAAAUUUCCAUAAUAAAUCUAAAGAAAAACAUAAUAACAUUAAAGGCAUUUUAUGAUGACAAUAAUCUUGAAAUUGCUACUGUGGUGUAACAAAGUAUAUUAGAGUGCGACAAAAUGCUCUCAUUAUAAAAGGUAUGUCUCCGCUAUAAAAAAGAAAAAUUAACAGAAAACAUACAUUAAUAAAUUACAUCGGAGGACACUCCGGAUAAGUUUGCUCAAAGAUACGUCGGAAGUCUAGAAGAUAUAUAAAUUAUAUGAACUCUACAAUCAAGAUCACGAUCAGAUGAUGAUUGGAGAGAUGCGACGAAGUAAAAAAGGAAAAACUCAAAAGUGGCUGGACGUGCUUCUGCGAAUAUGGUCGGUGGAAAAGAAUGAAUAGAGCCAAUGUUUUCCUAUUUGUUAAGUCUACUGCUGUCGACUACUACUCUAGUAGUAAUAUCAAACAAUAUUCCGAUGUUAUAACUAUGGAAAUAUAUUAGUGUUCUUAAUACGUGA